AAGCUCAGCGACGAGAACGUACUGCCUCCAUUCCGUCCGCAUCUCAUAUAUGGUGUGGCACAGUUUGAUGUAAUCGAAUCGUACUGUCAGUCGGAUUCGCAUUUAGAUACUCGCCGGGCGUCAUGAUGAAAAGUUCGUUUAGCUUUAGCUGCGGCCUGCUUGCUGCAGUUUUUAUACUGAACGGGGUCGUCGCCGUGGAGUACUACACGCAGAAGCCAUCGUGGCUGCCCUCGUGCCGCAUCUAUGAGCCGGGCUUCACCAACUGCUCCACGCACAGCAUACAGAAGCUGGUGGAUCAAGUGGUCAUUGGCAUACCGGAAAUCGUAGAAUCCAUCGGAACCUUCGAUCCCUUGCAUGUGAGGAAUAUCUACUUUAAGCAGGACAACAAUGAGGUGGCCACACUCAGUGCCAAUCUGACCGAUGUGGUGGUCAAAGGCUUCGCCAAGGCCAUAAUCAAGGAGAGCCGCGUUAGCAAAAAGGACUUUGGCUGGCAAACUAAAGUCUAUCUGCCCAAAAUGCGUAUGGAUGCGACAUAUCAAAUGGCCGGUCGGAUACUGCUAAUACCGUUGAGUGGCAAAGGUCACAUAUACAUAGAGAUCGAUGAUCUCGAUAUACUGCUGCUGACCACAACGCGUCUGUAUGAGAAGGGCGGCUUCACUUUUGAUAAUGUGACCGCGGUGCGCGUUAAGCUGAAUAUAUCCCGGGUGCAUACCGAAUUGGAUAAUCUAUUCAAUGGACGCAGCCCAGAAGUGGCGCGCAGCACGAAUCAGUUCUUCAAUGAUAACUGGCGGGACUUCUACGAGGCGCUGAAGCCCCUUAUACUGGAAACUGUGGAAAACAUAUUCUAUGAGAUCAUGUCCAAGGUAUUCCAUCUGAUACCGGCUAAUUUCUUUGUUGAGGAUAUUCCAACGCCCCAGCAGCUGUACGGCAAAAACCAAUAGCAUAAAUGAUAAUUACAAUGCUCAUGAAAAUAAAAAUAAACUCUGA